AUGCCCACCUCAUGUAUUCCUAGACCCAUACCCGAUAAGAAAAAUCCGAUCACUAAGCGUGCAUUCAAGGGGCAAGAACAAAGUAUCAAAUGGGUACCCGUUGCCCGCUUAUACAGAGGGUAUAAGCUUUCUACUCUAUACUCUUCCAUUGGGCAUGCUUAA